GGGGAGUUAACCUAGAACCAAAUUCAUGGCUGAGGAAAUGCUGCCAUUGGUCCUCCUCCUCUCCCUCCUUGGCGCCCAAGCAUGCUCAAAUCACUCAUGCAAGAUUGGAGAGAGAUGCCUCAAUAACGAGGACUGUGCCACUGGUCUUCACUGUAGCUCCUGCCCAGCCGCGGGAAUCAUAGAACCCAUUUGCAUACGCUCUAAUGCAACGCUGCUGGCUCGAACAGAUCUGCCAUUCAACAAGUAUGCAUGGCUUACCACCCAUAAUUCUUUUGCAAUCUCAACUGAGAAGCAAAGAUUUCCAGUCCCCAGAUUUGCUCCCACUAACCAGGAUGAUACCGUCACGAGUCAGCUGCAGAAUGGAGUGAGGGGUUUGAUGCUGGAUUUAUACGACUUUAAAAAUGAUAUUUGGCUCUGCCAUUCUUUUGGAGGGAUAUGCUAUGAUUUCACGGCUUUUCAACCGGCAGUAGAGACGCUGCGCGAGGUUGAGGCUUUUCUAGCAGCAAAUCCUAGAGAAGUUAUCACCAUCUUCAUUGAAGAUUAUGUUCGCACCCAAAAUGAUGUGACCAACGUCUUCAAGGCGGCCGGGCUUGACAAGUUUUGGUUCCCAGUCUCAAAGAUGCCAAAGUCGGGUGGAAAUUGGCCAACUCUAGCGGACAUGAUUGCAAGCAACCAGAGAUUGCUCGUGUUCACCUCGUCACAGGCUAAAGAAGCCACCGAAGGCAUCGCUUACCAAUGGAGAUACACGUCUGAAAAUCAAUAUGGGGACGAUGGGAUGAAAAAUGGGAGUUGUAGAAAUCGUGAUGAAUCGCCACCUUUAGCUUCUCGCUCAGUUUCACUUUUCGUUGAGAACUAUUUCCCCACAACUCCGUUUGAACCGAGGGAAUGCAAAGAUCACGGCCAGUCCCUUCGAGCAAUGCUCGACGUUUGCGCGAAAUCAUCUGGAAAUCGAUAUGCAAACUUCCUAGCAGUGAAUUUCUACGCACAAAGUGAAGGCGGUGGCACAUUUCAAGCCGUGGACACUCUCAACUCAAAACUUAUGGGCUAAGAUAAACAUCAACAUUCUUUUACUGAAAGAUAAACAACUACUUUUAGGAAGGAUCGUGGCACACACACACUUCCUCUGCUGUUUCUCUGAGGCUUCAUGUUAGAAUCCUACUAUUUUUAUAGAAGAGAAAAGAAAACCAAAAAAAAAAGAGAGAAAAUCUUCUUGACUUGAACUUGCAUGUGAGUUCAUUCCUAGAAGACUUGAUUGCAGGCCCAGCAAACAAUAAAGUCAUCUGCUGCUUGCCAUGA